AUGGUUCAUUUCCUCACCCAUGCGCCACAUAGAACCCCACCCAACAGAACCGGAACAACACCUCGGCCGAUCGGCGUCUGUCAGGGUCUGUCAGGGACUGUCAGGGUCCGUUUCGAGACGCAGACGACCAUCGAGAAUCCGGUUCCAGUCGGAAAAAUGGUGAGGAAGGGAGCCUCCAUCGCUCCGUCGGUCAAUGGUCGAGAAGCAGACAUCCGCUUUCAGGACGAAGGAGAAGCGGUCGGUGUCGGUCCCGUCACCAUCAGAUUCCUUCAGAGAUUUUCGGCCCACGCUUUGGGUCGAUCUACAUACCCCGACACCUCUCGCUUCAGGAGAACCAUAUGGCUUUUCAUCUUCUUCAUCGCCACGGGUUAUAUGACCUACGAAAUCAUCGGAAUCCUCAAGGCGUUCACGUCGGGACCAGUGACUACCUCCACUCGAGUACAUCACAGUGAACUCUCUCAUUCUGGCUUCAUGAUACAAGAUGAACUUUCAACCUGCAUUACUUUCAACGGAGACGGAGACAUGAAUGUUAAGCAAAAACAGGAACAGGGAGAGAAAUCGUCAUUAAAUAGCCGCAUGGGACCCUCGGAUGGAUUACAGCUCAUACUGAGUUCUCAUGUCAAGUGGCUAAUAUUUGGCUACAAUGCAAACGGAUUCCGUCUCAUAAUUCACCCCCCUGAAAUAGAUCACCAAGAAUGGGAUGGAAAGGGAUUUCAAAUAAACUUGGGAACGACUUCUUACGUCACCAUCAAGAAGAUGUCAUUGCAGCGACUUCCACCUGACGAAGGCGGAGAUUGUGCCCCAAAUUCCUUCCUCGAGAAGCGAUUUCACCUCGACAAGAAAUUUAAAUUCACAAAACAGACUUGUUCCUUCAACUUUCUCUUCAGUGAAAAUAUUGCUACGGUGAACAUCUACUAUGAGAGCCUCGCUGUGGAGACGAUCACUGAGCAUCUGAUGUAUCCUUGGUCGAGCUUCAUUGGGACUUUGGGAGGGUUACUGGGUCUCUACACCGGUCUGUCCCUCAUCUCCAUUUUGGAAGUUCUAGAGUGGGUCCUCAACAUCUUCUUGUAUGGUUGGAGGAAGCCUCGGACAGUGGCGAUGGGGCCGAAGAGACGGGUCGUAAUCACUGGGACUGACAUGGAAAACCAUGAACCGGAAUUGAAGGAUUCCCUCGCCUGCACUCCUUCACCCUAUAUGGAAACUCAGAAUGGUGGUUUCGAUCUUGGCAUCACUCAGUAA